GUCAAAGUGCAACGCUGUGCUGCUUUUGAAAAUAAAACCAACUGCUAAAAUAACAAAAUAGCAGAAAUAAAAGAAGUAAUGACUCACCGUAUUCAAAAUUUAUGGAAGAUUAUUUGUCUUUCGUGAAUCAAAAUCAAAAAAGAUAAGAGAUAAGGAUUAUAAAUAUGAAUGGUCUUUUUUUUCCCCAUAUAAUAGUUGUUCUUCUUUUUUAAAAAUAAAAUUAAUUAAAAUGAAGGACAAAAAUAUAAAAAAAGGCAUAAAUGGUAGUAUAACUUCGUCUGUUGAUGAGAACAACGAAAAGGUAAUAUCCUCCUCUUUUAAUAACAAAAAGAAGAAGAAGCAGCAGCAGCAGACAACAAAAAAGAAAAAAGCUACAGUCUCCAUGUUAAAGUUAUUUCGUUUUGCAACACCAAUAGAGCGAUUUUUGAUUUUGAUAGCUACUCUAUUUUCUAUCGGAGCGGGUGCUCUUCAGCCAGCGGCGAUUCUCGUCUAUGGGUCGUUUAUUACAAAUCUAAUCGAUAUAUUAUUUGAUUCAAGUUCAAUGUUAGAUAGAACUUUGCCUAUGAUUCAUAUCAUGCUUUAUUUGGGUACAGCUUCUACCAUUGCUGCUUAUAUCUCUCAAUGUUUAUGGAUUCUUACAGGUGAUAGUCAAACACGACGAAUUCGGUCGCUAUAUCUUCAUUCAGUAUUAAGGCAAGACAUGAGUUGGUUUGAUAAAAAUACUGAUGGAUCAUUGAAUACUCGAUUAGCCUCUGAUACUCAAAUUAUUCAAGAUGGGAUAUCCGAAAAAUUUGGAUUAUUAGUCUCAUUAUCUGCUCAAUUCAUAGCUGGUCUUAUUGUUGCUUUUAUCAAAGGUUGGCGAGUAGCGAUAAUCAUGUUUGCUCUCCUUCCUUUAAUUUUUGGAAGUGGUCGAUUUUUGGCCCAUUUCCUUACAAAAUAUUCAUUUGCUGCUCAACAUACUUAUGCUCAAGCAGGUGCAGUUGCUGAACAAGCAUUCCAAUCCAUUCGAACUGUUUAUUCAUUUUCACUUCAAAAAAGGUUUUUAAAGCGUUAUCAAGAAAAAGUGGAUGAAGCAUGUAGAUUUGGUGAAAAGCGUGGAAUUUCUAUGGGGAUAGGUUUUGGUUUUUUAUUUUUUCUCUUGUUUUCUUCAUUUAGUCUAACCCUUUGGUAUGGUUCAACUCAAGUUAUAAAAGGUAACAUGACAGGUCCGGAUGUUUUUGUUGCUUUUGUAGCUAUGAUGAUAGGUAGUAUAAGUCUUUUAAGGCUCCCACCUAAUUUAUCGGCUGUAUCAAGUGCUUGUGGUGCUGCAUUUAAAGUAUUUGAAAUUAUUGAUCGUAUUCCCGACAUUGAUCCUGAUUCUAAAGAUGGCCUUAUCUUGGAUGGUUUUAUUGGCUCUAUUGAAUUUAAACAUGUGUAUUUCAAAUACCCUACUCGUCCCGAUAUUACCAUCUUGAAAGAUUUAAACUUAAAAAUUAAUCCUGGUCAAACUGUCGCCUUUGUAGGUCCAUCUGGUUCUGGAAAAUCCACUACAGUUCAACUUGUGCAACGUUUUUAUGAUGCCCUUUCAGGUCAAGUCAUCCUAUCUGGUCAUGAUAUUAAAGAUUUCAAUGUUCAGUGGUUACGCCAACAAAUAGGUGUUGUCUCUCAGGAGCCUGUAUUAUUCAAUAUGACAAUUCGUCAAAAUUUACUUAUGGGAGUUCAAGAAGAUGUUCCUGAAAGCUUAAUAAUUCAUGCAUGUAAGGAAGCCAAUUGUCAUACCUUUAUAACUCAAUUACCUCAAGGCUACGAUACUUUGAUUGGUGAGCAAGGUAAUACGUUAUCAGGUGGUCAAAAGCAACGUAUUGCUAUUGCUCGUGCUAUAUUGAAAAAGCCUACUAUCUUAUUAUUAGAUGAGGCCACUUCUGCUCUAGAUACUCAAUCAGAACGUCUUGUACAAAAUGCACUUGAUAAAGCAUCUGCUACUCGCACUACUAUUGUGGUUGCACAUCGUCUUUCAACUAUCAUAAAAGCGGAUCAUAUUGUUGUAUUUGAUCAUGGUGUUAUAGUUGAACAAGGCACACAUUCUGAAUUAAUUGCAUUUGAGGGUGUUUAUGCCAACCUUGUUAGAAAUCAGGCUAUUGAUAUCAAUCAAAAUGGCGUCUCUAAUGAAAUAAAGAAUAAGGACUAUGAGCAUGAUGACCUUCUUCAUCAAGAGGAAAUAGAAAUUAAACAACAGCAACAACAACAAAAGAAGGCCAAUGAUAAAAGAGAUAGUUUAGAAUGUCCUAAUAUAGAUCAUUUAACUCGUGAUGGAUUGAUUAUAGAAAUGGAAAAUGAAAAAGGAAAUGGAUCAGAAAACAUUUUUAUCGAAAGGAUAGAUGCGUAUGACUUGAGGAUUGCUAAAGAAAAGAAGAAGAAGAAAAUGAUGAAAGAGGAGAAAGCACCUAUCUGGAAGGUGCUGAUGCAUUUACGUCCUGAAUGGAAAUAUCUUUUUGUUGGUGUAUUUGGUUCUGCCGUAGUCGGUUGUAUAUUCCCCAUGUAUGCAUAUUCAUUUUCACACGUAAUUACUAUACUUAGUGUCCCAAGUUAUGAAAUACAGCCUAGUCCCCUUGGUGGAACUAACCUGUAUGCUUUUGUUUUUUUUAUUGUUGCUAUUUUCAGCUUUUUUGGACAGUUUAUCCAACAUGGAUUAUAUGAAAUUUGCGGUGAAAGAUUUUCGAGACGUUUCCGCGGUGAGAUUUUCGAUGCUUAUCUGAAACAAGAAGUUGGAUUCUUUGAUAAUGAAGAAAACAAUAGUGGUUCAUUAACCACAAAAUUAGCAAUAGAUGCUCGUAACGUUAGUGAAAUGAUUACCAAAGUAUGGAGUGAUGUUACUAGUCUUGUGGCUACCAUUAUUUGUUCCUUUUGUAUUGCUUUUAGCUAUAGUUGGGCUCUUUCAUUGAUUGUGUUAUGUAUGUCUCCACUCCUUGUAGCUGCUACAUCCUAUGAAUUUCAUAUCCAACGUGGAUUUGAAGAUAAUACUAAGAAAGCGAAUGCUCAAAGUGGUCAAGUAGCUGGUGAAGCAAUUAGAGAAGUAAGGACAAUUGCAGCCUUAAAUAAACAGGCUUAUUUUGAAGAGCGCUAUUACUAUGCAACCGAACGUCCUCAUCGGCUUGCUGUAAAAAAGGCUUAUCUAUCGUCUAUUGCUGCUGGUUUAGGCAAAGGUAUCUAUAUUUAUACAAAUGCAUUGGCCUACUAUGCUGGUACUCGUCUAAUUCAAAGUGGUUUAAUUGAUUUCCAACAAAUGUUUACUACUAUGACUGUUAUAAUGGUUGCCUCUGAAAGUGUUGGUCGUAGCACAACAUUUGCUAGUACAUUUUCAAAGGGUAAACUUGCCGCUAUAGCCGCCUUUGCUAUCCUUGAACGCAAAUCCAAAAUUGAUCCUGAAUUAGAAGGUAUUGAGCCUUCUGUUGAUUCUAUUCAAGGUGAUAUUGAAUUUGAGAAUAUUAAAUUUACUUAUCCUGCUCGUCCAGAUGUCAAGAUAUUUGAUGGUGAGUUUAUCAUGAAAGGACAUGCUGGUCAGAUGAUUGCUUUAGUUGGCCCCUCUGGUUGUGGUAAAUCAACUACAAUUGGUAUGCUUCAGCGUUGGUAUGAUCCUCUAGAAGGCACUGUCUCGUUUGAUCACAAAGAUGUUCAAUCUUAUUCACUUUUAAAUCUUCGUAGUCAUAUGUCUCUUGUUGGUCAAGAGCCUGUAUUAUUUGAUUUAACAAUUGGUGAAAAUAUUCGUUAUGGGGUUAGUGAAGAUACAUAUAUUAGUCAGCAAGAUAUUGAAAAUGUCUGUAAAGCUGCUAAUAUUCAUAGCUUCAUAACUGAACUCCCUCAAGGUUAUGAUACCCGUGUAGGGGAUAAAUGCUCUCAACUUUCAGGUGGUCAAAAACAACGCAUUGCCAUAGCACGAGCUCUUAUUCGCAAGCCUAAAUUGUUACUAUUAGAUGAAGCUACAUCAGCUCUUGAUAGUGAUAGUGAACGCCUUGUUCAAGAAGCUAUAGAUAACAUUAUCAAAGAAGGAGAAAGGACUACAAUUACGAUUGCACAUCGUCUUUCUACAAUUAAAAAUGCGGAUCUUAUCUGUGUAGUUAAAAAUGGUCGUGUUAUUGAGCAAGGAACUCAUUGGGAGUUAUUGGAAUUAAAUGGUGUUUAUAGCGAAAUGGUUAAUCAGCAAUCUCUAAACAUUCAGUAAAAUAAAAAUGGACGUUCUUCGUAUGUUUUACAAAAUAUAUAAAAAUCAAAGCUUUUUUUUUUGUACAAGUAUUUAAUAGUAUUCAUAUAAAUUAAAUAAAAAUAAUAAUAAUAAAAGCCCUGAUUAUUAGAAUAUAUGAUAGUUAUGUAUCAGGUAA